ACAACCCAUGAGGACGCAACGUCUGAGACGGCAGUUUUCUGCGGUUCUAUCCUAAUCUCCUACUUUCCCAUCCUUAGCUUCAUCACAUUCAUUUCAUUCUUCAUCAAUGGCUUCUUCUCUCAAUUUAACCACUCUUUCUCUUACUUUACCCAUUCCCCAUCCCCAUCCCCAUCCCCAUCCCCGUCCCUCCUCAUCCAUUCGACUCCCUCGUGGCUCGCUCCAACUCCCCCAAUUCAACAAGGUGCGCAAAGCCUUGAAACUCAGUUCCUCUCAAACCAUCUCUGCUUUCCCUUCCUUUGCUUCCAAGGCCCUUCCCGCUUUCUCCCCUGCCCCCCUAACACUCCAAUCCCCCACUGUCUUUGCGGCUAAAGGCUACAAAAUGAAAACCCACAAGGCUUCAGCAAAGCGAUUCCGGGUGACAGGACGAGGGAAAAUAGUAAGAAGGAGAGCUGGGAAGCAGCAUUUGUUGGCUAAGAAGAACACCAAGCGUAAAUUGCGCCUCUCCAAAAUGAUGGCCUGACUGCUAAUUCCUCCAAAUUAAUGCUGCGUUUUGGUUCUUGCAUAGGAAGGGAUAAGCAACUGUGGGAUAUGGAUUUGUAGCUUAUACUUUUAAUUUCUUAAUUCCAAGCUCCUUAUCAUGACUGUUAUCUUGUGUCAAACAAAUAAAACUUAAACUGCAAGGACUGGUUGGUGGGCUGUAAGAAAGCAAAUAAGACAUUGCAGUGAGAAAAUUCGUUAAGGAAACUGAAUAAUUAUUGUUUUUA